UCGUGUUUUGUAAUUUUGUAACAUAAAUAACUUAAAAAAUUGCAGUGUCCGUAUCGAUAAGUAGAUUUUAGUUUUUAUUUCUAUUACAGUAGAUAAAUCUAAGUUACGGUUUUUUCCUCAACUGGUUAUUAAACAAAUUGUUAAGAGUUCCGCAAUAUUGCAUAAAGAUGAAAUAGAAAAAGGCAUAAUCUACAUAAAAGCGAUCCACUUCAAGUAUUUAGUAAACAAUUGAAGGCUUAUACAAAACCUCGCAAUAGGAUUAACAAUAUUGAAUUAUGCAGUUAUCAGUGAGUCAAGAAAGUCAGUUGUUGGAGUGAUUGCUAGCAAAUCGGUGUAAUAAGUGAAAGAAGGGAAAGAAAAAAUAUACAGUGGACUUUUUUGUGUUGCAAUGACAAGGGGUACCUCAAAACCAAUUAGCAGAUCGAGGGUGGUGCUAUCACAGGUUCUAGCAUGCCUCGCGCUGAAUGUUCUGCUGACAGGACUCGGAAUGUCCAUCAGUUUCGUCACUAUGGUCUUACCCGAAGUGCUCGACGCAAAAGAAGGGCUUUCCAUGAACCAGUCGCAGGCUUCUUGGUUUGGUAGCAUGGCGUUCCUAUGCCAGCCACUCGGCAGCAUCUUCUCCGGUCCCAUACUGGACUACUUUGGGAGAAAGAAGGCCCUGUUUCUAGUCAACAUACCGCAUUUGAUAGCGUGGAUGAUCAUGUACUUCGCUUGGGACGUCCCUUCCUUGUUCCUUGGUAACGCGCUUUUGGGCAUCGGCACGGGAAUCAUGGAGGCCCCAUCUGUGACAUACGUUGGAGAAGUCAGUGAUCCUUCCCUCCGAGGUAUCCUUACAACGCUGACUAACAGUUUUACAUCGCUGGGCAUGUUUGUUGCCUACCUGCUGGGCACUGUUGUAUCGUGGAGGCAAGCGGCACUUGUGUCGCUCACUGUACCACUAGCGACGAUGGCGCUCGUGUUAUUUGUUCCCGAAACUCCAAUAUGGUUGAUAUCUAAAGGUCGUCAGAAAGAGGCGUUACAUUCCCUAUGCAGACUCCGAGGCUGGGCUCAACCAGAAGAUGUACAAGAAGAAUUUAACCAACUCUUAGAAUACCACAAUGACUGUAGAGAUUGCGUAAUUUGCUCAAACGAAAGAAACCACGAAGAGAAACCGUGUGACCAUUCCAACUAUAGCAUUUUCAAGAAGGUGUACCUAAAAUAUAAGUAUGUCUUCUUCGUCAAAGAGACUUUGAGACCUUUUGGACUGGUCAUGGCGUAUUUCUUUUUUCAUACAAUGAGUGGUUUAUUGCCGGUCAGGCCUAACAUGGUUAAUAUGUGCAAAGCGUUGGGCAUGAAAUUUGAUCCGAAAGGGAUAGUGGUAACAGUCGGUCUAGUCUACAUUUUAAUGAACCUCAUCUCAGCUGCUGUAGUCACAUUAAUAGGCAAAAGAAAACUAGUCGUGUCAUCAUUAUUUGCCACGGCGUGUUGCAGUCUUGCUAUAAGCAUAUACGCAGGAGUUAACUUACCUUUCAACGUGCUUUCGUACGAACAAAGCACGUUUCCAGAACAAAAGGAGUUACUACCCGUUGUGCUGUUUAUGCUGCUAGUCUCAUUUACAAGUGCGGGUAUACCUUGGGUGUUGCUUUCGGAAGUUUUUCCGUUCAGGAGCCGAGGUAUGGCGACUGGUUUAGCCGCCGCUCUUAGCUACGUAAUUUUCUUUUUAGCUACGAAAACUAACUACAACCUAGAAGCUAGCUUCCACAUUCACGGAACAUUCUUACUUUACUCUAUAAUAGGUUUUAUUGGUACAGUCUAUUUAUAUUUCUUCUUGCCAGAAACCGAACGUAGGAGUUUAGUUGAAAUUGAAGAAUAUUAUAAGGGUAAUCAAAAAAUAUUCGCCGAUGAUUUCUUCAUCAACGCAUUCAAAAAUAAAAAGGGCAAAAACAACGAUGUUGAUAGUCCUAUGCUAGCAAAUUGUAGAGAUACCUACCAUGGAAAUUUAAAUGAUAACAAAGUUAAAGAAAGAAAAAUGAGGUGGCUUUGGUGGAGUAAAACAUCAGUAGGACCUGGAGAAAACAUAAGCAGAUCCAGGGUGGUGCUGUCACAGGCUCUAGCGUGUCUCCCGCUAAAUGUUCUGCUAAUUGGAAUCGGAAUGUCUACCAGCAUCGUCACUAUGGUAAUUCCCGAUGUUCUUGACGCAAAAGAUGGACUCUCCAUGAACCAAUCACAGGCCUCGUGGUUCGGUAGCUUGGCGUUUCUAUGCCAGCCACUUGGCAGUAUCUUCUCUGGUACUAUAGUCGACUACUUUGGAAGAAAAAAGGCCCUAUUCCUAGUCAACAUACCGCACUUGAUGGCGUGGAUUAUCUUGUACUUCGCUUGGGACGUUCCUUCCUUAUUCCUUGGCAACGCACUUCUGGGUUUGGGUACAGGUGUUAUGGAGACCCCAACUUGUACAUAUAUUGGAGAAAUCAGUGAUUCUUCAAUACGAGGUCUUCUUACUACGCUGAUAUACAGUUUUGCAUCGCUGGGCGUCUUUUUCUCUUACCUGCUCGGGACUAUUAUGUCAUGGCGACAAGCAGCACUUGUGUCGAUAGCCGUACCUCUUGCCACGAUGGCCCUGAUGUUAUUUGUUCCCGAAACACCAACAUGGUUGAUUUCAAAAAGUCGUCCAAAAGAAGCAUUAAUUUCCCUAUGCAGACUCCGAGGUUGGGCCCAACCAGAAAACGUCCAAGAUGAAUUCAAGGAACUUGUAGAAUACCAUGAUGCUUUUACAGAAUGUGUUAUUUGUACAAGAAAAGGGGGAGAGCAAAAACAGUGUGAACAUUCCAAUCUCAAUAUUUUCAUAAGGCAGUAUCUAAAAUAUAAGUAUGUCUUCUUCGUCAAAGAGACCUUGCGACCAUUUGGACUUGUCAUUGCGUAUUUCUUCUUCCAUACUAUGAGUGGUUUAACGCCGCUAAAGCCUAACAUGGUGAAUUUAUGCAAAGCUUUAGGCAUGAAAUUUGAUCCCAAAACUAUUGUGGUAACUGUCGGUAUUGUCUCCAUAAUCAUGAGUUUCGUCACAGCUGCUGUAGUCAAACUUAUAGGCAAAAGAAAACUUGUCCUAACAUCAUUGUUCGCGACAGCGUGUAGCACUCUUGCUCUAAGCAUAUACGCAGGAGUUUACUUACCUUUCAACGUGUCUUCAUAUAAACAGAGCACGUUUCCAGAACAGAAUGAGCUUUUACCUGUCGUUCUGUUUACGCUGCUUGUCUCGUUUACAUGUAUGGGUAUACCUUGGGUGCUGCUUUCGGAAGUUUUUCCGUUUAGGAGCCGAGGCAUGGCGACUAGCGUAGCCGCCGCUAUGGCUUACAUUAUUUUCUUCUUAGCCACAAAAACCAGCUACAACCUAGAAGCAAGCUUACACCUUUACGGAACAUUUUUACUGUACGCUAUUAUAGGCUUUAUUGGUACAAUCUAUUUAUAUUUAUUUUUGCCUGAAACCGAAAACAAAACUUUAAUAGAGAUCGAAGCGUAUUUUGAAGGGAAUCAAAAAAUUUACGCCAAUGAUUGUUUAAUCAACGGUAUCAAAAAAUAUACAUACUAAAGCAACUAUGUUUGUCAAAGGAUAUGUUAGCGACGCAAACAGCCCUCUAGUUAAUUAUUAAUUACUAAAUUAUAAAUAAUUAUUAAUAAAUGUUUGUCUAUGGUUUUUAAAUUAAAUAAUGUGCUAAAAGCGGAACGUAGGUGGCGGGGGUGGACACCGUCAUUCGGACAACCGCAGCGGUUCAAAUUUGAGACGUUCACUGCAACCGACCGCAGCCGCAUCGUUUUAAAU